AUGAGAUCAGCAUGGGACGCGGCGCAAGAAGUAAAGUUCAAGCCUCUGGAGAACAACCUAUACACUGUCCAAUUUUCAUGCUUGGGUGAUUGGGAGAGGGUAAUGAACGAUGGCCCCUGGAACUUCAGAGGAGAUGCGGUGCUGAUCAUGCCAUAUGAUGGGAUCACACAACCCUCAACCAUAAAGCUUGAAACAAUCGACAUAUGGAUCCAAAUCCAUGAUGUGCCGGAUCUAUAUGCCCAUCUGGUUACCCCACUUGCUGCAAAGGUGGGUGAGGUCUUGUUCUCUGAACCACCAUCAAACGACUUUGUGGGCAACUUCUACCGUGUCUGGGUUCGGCUCAAUGUUCUAAAGCCGCUAAAGAACGCGGUGUCUAUGGUCAGGGACGGAAAGAGGCAGAUAUACAGAGUCAAGUAUGAACGUCUCCCAGAUUGGUGUGCAGUGUGUGGAAUGCUAGGCCAUCAGUUUAAAGAACACGAUAGUGGGAUCCAUCCUCCAUCGGCCUUGGUAUUUAAAGACCUGAGAGCUAGCUGGUUUAUGCGCAGCGGUCGGGGUCCAGGUGAGGGCCGAGGCCGUCAGGGUGGAAGGUGUGGAGGCCGUUCUGGUAGCCGAUCGGAUCAUCAGGAGAGGAAUGCAUACAGCAGUUCAGUCGAUACCAAUAUGAGAGGUUCAGGCAGGGGUGCACCCCCGGACGCAGCGGAUACUGAUGUUGACAUGGACGAAGCAAGUAGGAAGAGGCUUGAGGGGAAGGAACUAGGGGCCAAUCAGCAACAACCUUUGAACAAAGAUGAUACACGCAAGGUUGAUGACCAGCUAGCCAUUGUUCCUGUCACCAGUCCUCCGAUUGUCAGAGAGCAGAAACGGACCAAGAAAGGGGUCGAGCAAAGCGAUGGAAGCAACUCAGCAGUCAGAAAUUUGGCGGGCUCCUUCGAGGAGCGCCGCCAGGCCCAAUGA